CCUGUUCUCGAGGAAAUGUUCUCCGGAAAAUCGAGUAACUAGCACCUCGGGGAUGUGAUGGCAGGCAAUGUCAUCUCUGAUUAUAAGCCAGCGACAGCAGAUAGCAGGAGAGGGGUCGUACUGCAGAUAGCAGAAGGGGGGGUCGUACCAGGCAGACACAGAAGCAGUGUUUGUGUUGUAGGAGCUUUUCUUUCCAAAACAAAGGCCAUGGCGACCCUGCGUCAGGUGUCGGGGGAAGAGGAGCUCGAGGCUCUCAGGGACAAGAUGACCCAAUACCUGCCCUUCUCUGCUGGGAUCCACGGGUUCAUCGAGGUGAUACUGAAGUGCCAGUUGCAACAGAUACUUGACGUCAAGGUGUACAUUCCCGAUGCUCCUCAACCUUCGUCUCUUGCUGUAGUCACGCCCUCUUCUUCGCAGAAAAACAUGCAGAGUGUAACGAUUUUCUGGGACACGGAGAAGGAGGACGACGAGGAUGUUGUAAGAAUGCUGAAGACUCUGCCUCACUGGGACUGGUCUGCUCCUACUUACUUCAGAGUUAGUCCCACUGCUAUUUACAACAAGUUACAAAAAUACAUGAAGGACGGAGCCCUCACGACCAAGCAGAUGUGGUGUUACAUGGCACUCGACGGACAUCUCUUUUCCUUGGACAACUCAAAAGUUCCGCAAUUUGAAAUUCCAGAAGGAUUUUCGAUCGACAGUCUCCGACCUGAAGACCUACCGACCGUCGUCUCCGAGUGGAAGUACAAAUGGACCGAGACCCAGGCAGGUCUGGAGUCCCUCGUGGCCAAGCUGCCGUCCGUGGCCAUCCGCAGGAACCAGGCAAACGGCAAAAAGGAUUCCGCCUCACAGGACUCACCUCCUGUCUCCUGGAGCUUCCUAUACCACAUCGGCUUCUUGGGCAACACCUUCACCGUGCCCGAGCACCGACGCCGAGGGCUGGGCACGGCAGUGACACUCGCCAUGGCCGAGAGCCUCCGCCAGAAGAAGCUGCCGGUGCGCUCGAUCGUGGACAGCUCCAACGGCGCCUCCAUCACCUACCACCGAAAACUCGGUUUCGAAAAGCUGUGCGACGUGAAGAUAAUCGUUUCCUUGCCUUCUGGGAAAACAAUUGAUGAUUAUGCAGAGUAAACUUUUCAAAAUAAAAAUGUAUUCUGUUCAGUC